GGAAGUUGGCACCGGUCGAAAUCCGGAGAAAGGGGAGUUGAAUCGUAGCUCAGUGGAGUGUAUGCGUUAUUUGCUCAUCCUUCUUCGUUGUUUGAGGUCCCAUAUUAUUUUGUCUCUCAGUGACUUGGACUCAACUGACAAGGACACUAACUGCACUGUGUGCGCAUUUAACCUCAAUUGCAGAAUUUACAAGGGUUGUUUUGAGGCUGGGCCAUAGAGAUGACCAGGCUGUGACGGGUGGAUUCUGUGUAGGAUUGACCCUGGCAUGGCUACUGCUAGGAAGAGCUCUGCGGCAAAGGCGGGGGCCGUCAGUUUCUCAGAAGAGCCAACCACCGCUAUUGCUGCCGCCGGCACCCCCUCCCAUGUCCACUUUGACGAGAAGCUCCACGACUCUGUCGUCAUGGUGAUCCCUCAGCCCGAUGGGAACUUCAUGGUCAAGGUUGGUUUUCUUAAGACCCAGCACAAGUAUGAGAUUGUCUUCGACCUCCCUGAGGUUCCGUCACUGGGGAAGGCUGUGUGUCCAGCUCCUGUACCCAACCAGCACAUCUGCAUCACCAAUAUCACUCCUGUAGCAGAGGGUGGUCUGAGAGUGACGUGUGAGUACAUGGCCCACCAGGAGGGCGUGCUAUGUGAGGAGCUGAUGCUGGUCAGUGAGAGCCAGGAGGAAGUCUGUGUGGGGGUCAAGGUUCAAGCCCGCGUCAUGGACCGUCACCAUGGUACACCCAUGUUGUUGGAAGGAGUGCGUUGUGUGGGAGUGGAGCUGGAGUAUGACUCUGAACAGAGUGACUGGCAAGGAUUUGACUAGACCAGGCAAUGCGACACACACACACACACACACAUUCAAACAAAAAGACAGUGCCACAUAUAUUGGAAUUCAUCAUCCACUCCAAACUAUCCCUGACCAUUCAAGAUGCUUUGGUCCAAAAGGAGGAUGAAAUUAGGAAAUGGACAGUGAUUAUUUUUUUAAAGCAAGGCUAAUGUGAUCAGAUCUCUGUUGAGCAUACCUCCAGUCUAGUUAGUUAAUGCAUCUGAAAUGCAUUGAAACAGGUACUAUUUUUUAAAUUGUCAUUAGUACUGCAAUGAUAGACGUUAUCCAACUGCCCAUGCCUUUCCACUGCAUGACCCUAUGUUGUGUUGAAUAUGUUUUCUGAGUAAACCUAUAGGGGGCAGCAAAGCUCACGUAAACAAUUCAGCCCAUUUCACCCAGCCUGGCUUUAACAGUACCAGUAGGGGUCGACAAAGACCAUUAAAUGUAUCCCUCCCAUCUGACAUGGAGGGAUUGAAAAUGACUUAUUUUAAGUUCAUAAUAAUAAUAAUUAUACGCUAUGAAUCAAUUGCAAGUGCCUACGUUGCUGUAUAGCUUUUACCAUCAACUGCCUUCUAUCCCUUGCCUAGUUAAAUAAAGGUUAAAUAAAUCUAAUAAAAAUGUGACAAAAUAAUCCAUCUAUCACUCACUAACCUGCCCUCCCUCCCCCAACCCCCUCACCAUCCUCUCUGAGCACUCAUACUCUUGUUGCAACCUAAUCUCUUAGUAAGAAGUAUAGUUAGUCACUGUUUACUGUCAAUAGUUAGUCACUGUAAAUGAAUAUUCCCGUCAAAUUAGAAUAUCUAGUACAAUCAGUCUCUGUAUUUCACAUAGCUAAGUGGAAUUAAACCUGUUUUCUUUAUCAAAUCAGACAAUCUACAUGUGUUAAAUGUGUUCGCCCUUAAUUGUUUUUAUAUUUGUGUUUAAUAGGCUCUGUAAUGUCUUAAAGUUAUCCCUUGUUAUCUGGUGUCCAUGCUAGAUCCACCCUCCCAGGUUCAGGUCAAUUUUCAUUUAAAUUCCAAUCACUUCAGGAAGUACACUGGAAUUCCAAUUGUCUUCCCUGCUUUUCAAUGUGGAUCAUUCGGAAUUGGAAUGUGGUUUGCUUUCUGAAUUGACCCUAACCCUGCCAUGCUUCAAACGAUAGUGAAACGGAUGGUGGAUUCGGCUUGGAUACCAUCCGAUCUAGUCCCAUCGACAGGUUAAGAGUAGAAAAAGAGGGGGCACUAUUGUUCAUGCAGUCAGACUGAUCAAAAUAAUAUUCUCCACCCACAUUGUGAUAGACAUCUUGGCUGUUCUUAGCGGGGUUGGGUUAAUUCAGAAAGUAAACCAAAUUCCACAUUUGUAAUUUAAAAGCGUUUAAAAUAAUUGGAAUUUCAUUGUACUUCCAGAAUUAAUAUGGAAAUGACCCAAACCCUGGUUCUUAGGUUACUGUAAUGAGGGAUUACUGUACUAGGGUGGGGGUAGCGUUUUAUCAGUCAAUACACUACACAAUACAUGUUCCCUUAUAGAUGUUUGUUGUUGUGAUCGCUCUUGUUUUGUUAUGCCAUGAAAGAAUAAAGUUGAUGUAUUUAAAAAGAUAA